AUGGCCGCGCGUAUGAGAAAUCGUACGCGCGUACGACGCCACGAGACGGAAAUCUCCAUACACGCGUCGGCCAGCGUCAACGCGCGUAUAUUGAAAUACUAGACGUUCCUAUUGCCUGUUUAGUUGGCGCGCGGCCGUUCUGGUGUUUUGUAGAUGUACCUGGUGUGUCUACCAAAAAUUUCUUUGUCACGUAUUGUUCCACAAUGCAAACAGAAUGCAACACAGAUCUUUUCAUUGAUGAAAUUGAAAAGAGUCCUGCGAUAUGGAACCUGCAUUCCAAAUUGUAUGCAAAUAAAGCAGCAAAAAGAAAUGUCUGGGAGGAAAUGGUCUUAAUUUUUUGCAAAUCGGAUGAUACCGAGGAAAAAAAGAAAAUAUUAGGGUCAUCAUUACAAAAAAAGUGAAAAAAUGUACGAGAUAAACAUGUAAGGGAAUUAAAAAGAAGUACAUUGAAGUCAGGCGCGGGUGCAUCAACCCAAAGCACAUAUAUAUAUACUAUAACCGCCUCACAUUUCUUCGAACAACAACCACAAAAAAUGAUACCGAGAGCAGUUUUGAAGACGGUGUUGAUGCCCCUUUUAAACCUCGGGAUACCCAGCAAUGCCGGAAAAACAUUAAGCUCCAUCCAGCUGACGAAUAUUUCGCCAAUAUAAUAGAGAAAAGCUUAACUAAUAAUCCUGCAGUAGCAGAAGAUCAAGAUAAACAUUUUUGUUUAUCUCUGUAUAGUGAGAUAAAAAAGUGCCCGCAAACAUGAGACUAAAAUUAAAAAUUGGUAUCCUUAACCUCAUCUUAGGAAGACAGCAAGCACCCCCGCAGAUGUCGAAUGCUGCUUAUCAUGCUGAGCCGUCAACAUCAAGGAGUUAUUCUCAUGAAGCACUUGGACAACAAUAUAGUCUGCCCCACUCGGAGUAUCAGCUAAAUAGUUACUCAAAUACUCCGUAUGAUACUCGAUCAUAUACAUCAAACCUAUCCUAGCAAUGUACAAAUACAAACAGUGACACCAGUACCAACUCCAUCGCCGUCUGCUUCAACUAAUGUUAGUGAAAAUUCUCAGGAGUCAUCAGAACUGGACUUGUUCACAAAUACGACAUACCGACUAAACUGACGUUUUGUUUUCAUGACGAAGGAAUGUGUUUAGUUUAAAUUAGCAAUGCAUUUUGAUUCUGGU